CGCGAUGUUGAAGUUCCCUGUUCCCUUCGAAUUCAAAUAAGAUGCUUGGUAAAAGAUGAUUAUUUCAGAAAUACGAGCUGAAACAGUGGCAUUUUGAGGUGACUCCAGCAAAUAUGAGUAAACGUAAAAGAGAAGAUGAUGGCCCAAAUGCUGAAUUUUGUAACAUUUUAAAUGAAUUGGCCGAGUAUGAACGGAAUGUGAAUCGACAAAUUCACAAAUACACUGCUUACAGAAAAGCUGCUGCCGUUUUGGCCAAACAUCCAACGAAAUUAACAAGUGGAAAAGAAGCAAGAAAAUUGCCUGGAAUUGGUGACAAAAUUGCAAAGAAAUUGGACGAAUAUAUUGAAACCGGAAAGCUUGGAAAAUUAGAGAAGAUUCGUGGAGACGAGUCAAAUUCGGCCAUUUGUGCGCUGAUGAAAGUCUCUGGAAUCGGGCCUGUGGCAGCCAAGAAGUUUAUUGACAACGGAAUUAAAAAUAUUGAAGAUCUUAAGAAGGCCAAAGACCAACUAAACCAUCAUCAGAGAAUUGGACUCGAGCACUUUGAAGAUUUUCAACGAAGAAUUCCUAGAUCUGAGAUGGUGCUUCACCAGGAAUUUCUUAUGGCAGAAAUUGCAAAGCUGGAUGAGAAAUAUACGGCAGAAAUCUGCGGUAGUUUCAGGAGAGGAAAAGAAAGCAGCGGAGACAUUGAUAUGUUGGUCAGUCAUCCUGCUUUUACAUCUGAAACAAAAGAUAAAAACAAGGGUAUACACCUGAACCAAAUUGUCGAACAUUUAAAAAAGUUGGAAUAUAUAACAGACACCUUAUCUCAAGGGGAACUUAAAUUCAUGGGUGUUUGUAGAUUAAACCGUGAUGAAGGUAGUUCGAAUCAAGUUUAUCGUCGGUUGGACAUACGGUUGAUCCCUGCUGAUCAGUUUUACUGCGGAAUACUGUAUUUUACUGGAAGUGACGAAUUUAACCGUCAAAUGAGACAACAUGCAUUGGAGAAGGGAUUUACCUUAAAUGAAUACAAUAUCAGGCUUGUCGGAAGCACGGGUUAUGCUGGUGAACCUCUUCCUGUUAGCAGCGAACGGGAUGUGUUUGACAUUAUAGAUAUGGAAUAUCGUCCUCCGAAUGAGCGAGAUCUGUAAAUAUGGUCUAUGGAUACCGUCUUCUGCUUCGGUUAAUCCCGGAAACGUUAGGAAAGGCCGUUGUUGUGUGCGUUUAAACAAAUAACAAUAAAACAUGGGUUUACCCCCUGUACACGUUUUUGAGGGCUCUCGGCUUGUCUUUGGCACGUUUCGGAGCACUAGAAAUAGCGCGACAUCGAAAUUCAGCACCCACACAACCCCUUGAGAUCCCUGCCUGGAUUUUCAAAAUAUUUUCACUGGAUUUUAUUUCGGGUUGUGCAUAUUCUUUGACGAAUGUCGAUAUUACCGGUUCAGAAUACCACCUACAUGAAGUAUUUGCAUGAUAAUGUAGCGAAAAGCAAUAUGGCGGAAAUUUCAUCAAGAAUUGGUUUUUUAUCACAUUAAAAUAAAUGAACUUUUAGACAAGGUACGGUACAGGACUUCGAUGUCGCAUGAAAUAAAAAUAUUUAUUAAUUACUUCAAUAUCUAAUUAGUUGGGGAUCUAUAUGUAAAUCCUAGAAUUUAAGAGUACUUUUAA